GACCUUGAGAACCCACAAGCCAGGAGCUCAUUUACUUAGAGCAUUAUUUUCUGCCUCCUUCCCACCCCGGCUCCGAGAAGAUGGUAGAGUCCACUUCCGGCUUUUUAACUACCGGAAAUCUCGCGAUGGAGGGAGGAGGGACACCUCCAGGAGCCCUUAGAGAAGAAAGGCAGCUGGGAUGUGUUCCCCCGACAAGUCCUGAAGCCAACAGCUUGAGGAAAAGCAGUUGGGGGUUCUUAUUUACUGGCAUCGUUGGGGGGAUGCUGGUGGCUGUGUAUGCUGUGGCCACACCAUUUAUAACACCAGCCCUCCGAAGAAUCUGUCUGCCUUUCGUACCUGCAACUACAAAGCAGGUUGAAAAUGUUGUGAAAAUGUUGCGGGGCAGGAGGGGACCCCUGGUAGACAUCGGUAGUGGCGAUGGACGAAUUGUGAUAGCAGCUGCAAAGGAAGGCUUCACCGCUGUGGGUUACGAACUAAACCCCUGGCUUGUCUGGUACUCGAGGUACUGUGCCCGGCGGGAAGGGGUGCAGGCAUCGGCCAGAUUUUACAUCUCAGACCUGUGGAAGGUCACGUUUUCGCAGUACUCGAACGUUGUCAUCUUCGGUGUGCCCCAGAUGACACAUCUUCAAUACGGAGCUCGCAGCUUUAGCUGUCCCCAGAAGAAGGGAGCAGGUGGAGUACACGAAGCACCCACGUUCCCUGGAAUAAGAGGGAUUCAGCCAGCAUGGCCUCUUCCACGCAGAUGCCGCAGUUGGAGAAGAAGCUUGAGCUUGAGCUUGAGGAUGACGCUAGAGUCAUUGCUUGCCGGUUCCCCUUCCCGCGCUGGACCCCGGCCCAGGUCAUGGGGGAGGGGAUAGACACUGUGUGGGCCUACGAUGUGAGCUCUUUCAGGAGAAGGGAGAAGAGGCCCUGAAGAUCCGUACAUUUCCAGUCGGUCAUUCAAACAGAAACCUUAUCCGGAGAGAUAGAGACUUAGAGCUGUGUCUUCAGCGAAGAGUAUAUUUUUCCUUGUUAUGGAAUGAGAAAUUAUGAUUGCUUUCCUUAACUUUUGGAGAAAAUAAACAAAUUGAGAGCAGCAGGUAGAUGUAAAGCCCCUUUCAUAGUAUAUUCUAACAAAUGUGCUCACUGCUCUUCAUGCGCUCGGAUAUAUGGAAAUAUGAAUAGGCGAUGGUCAGUUGAUGGGUGGGGAAGAUGUCAGCAGCUUUUCUCAUUACAAAGAAUACGACUUAAUGCCACAGAUGAGAAGAAACAAUUUUUAAAGAGGGAAUGUACUUGUGAAUAUUUGCGGUUUCCUCUCAUUUUGUUCAUACUUACCUCUUUUUUUUUCUGUAUUUCCAGGCAAAAUUAAUUUUCUAAAGGAUUUAGAAAGGUAUUUAUAUUUUAUAACACUAAUUAGGAAUAAUUUUGGUUCAAGGCUAGUGGAUUACUGAAUUUUGUUGGAUCUAAGAUGUAUGUGUGUGUAGAUGUGCGUAUGUACACACAGUCUAAUGUUUCUGAAAUUGUGACGUGCUUUCCAAAUGAUGGUGUGUCAUCACUGUGAUCUGCACUGUUGUGUUUCAUGAUGUAGUCGUAUAUCAGCCACAGCUGACAGACUCUCAGAUUUCAGAGAAGACAUAAGGUGUAGUGGAGUGGUUGGUAUGGAUUUAAUAGUGAAAUAAAUGAUCCUGAGCUCUGGUGUAAGCCAGACCUUCAUUGUCAGCAGGGGCCUUGGACAGGUGGUUUCCCCUUGGUUUCCUGAGCAUCCCUGUCGCUGGGAUGAUGAUACCCUGAAUAGGGGGCUGGGGCCGAUCUGUAAAACUCAUGGCACAAAGUCUGAGGCCUGUAAGUGGGGUUUAUUAUUUUAGACACUAAAGAAAAGCUUAUUCACAGAAGUUGCAGAUUAUUUGUGCUAGUCACUUCUUUAUUUUAUGAAAGCAGUCAUUUAUUUAAUAUUUCUCAUUUAUGAGAAGAGACUUGACUGAUUUAGAUAAGGAAGACCUUUGCAUGUGAGGAGACAAGCUUCACAUAUCUGAGAAAUUAAUAUUGAAUGGUGGCUCCAGUAAUCCCCGUGUAUCACAGGAAGAAAUUAAACUCCCAGUCACACACCUGAAACCUAAAUACCAAACCAUCUUAAGAGAGAUUUGAUAAAAUGAGAUGGUUUGCAUCUUUAAAUUGAUAACAAUAUGAUCAAUUUGAUAAUCUUUUUUAAUGAGGAGCAACUGGGGACCCAGUCAUCCCUUCGGCAAAUGCUUAUUGAGUGUCUGCUGUGUAACAGGUUUUUCCCAUUCAAUGAUGAGUGACAUGCCAGUCCCCGCAUCUUGUGGGAUUUAUGUUCUAGAAGAGAGACGAGCAGGCGAGUGAACGUUACUGUGUGUCAGGUUCUCUGGAAGAAGUAAACAGUGUGAUGGUGUAGAGAGGAACUGUGUGUGUCUGGGCUGAGGAGGUGGGAUGUUGGGGACAUUGGUCAGGCUUUUGCUGCCACCAUCCAUCCCUUUCCCAAUAGUCCCCAAUUUCCUCGUGAAGAAUGAAUUCUUUCCUACUGUGUGUGGUUUUGGUGUCUGCCCCUUGCGGCCACCUUCCACUCCAGUCAGCCCUGUCACUUGCCUGGGCACAUCUGGAGAAGGACCUCUCACAGCUCCCUGCCAGGAGGGUGGGGUGGACAGUGGAACCUUGGAGGUAUUCCGUGACUUCCUAGACAUAUUCCUGCUGGACUUGUAGCCUCAGGCUAUCUAUAGAGUCAUGUACGACUUGCUGUGUUGGAGGUUCUUCCUUUAGCUUCUUGAGAAUUAGAUGAUGCUUGGCCUUGCAACCUUAGAGAAAAACGGACCAUUUCCCGGACGUUUUGUGAUUCAUGGUGUCUGCGGGGCCUUUAAUUGAUUUUUAGUUACUAGGUUAAGGACAUUUGAUUAAAUUUGCAAAUAACACAAGGCGGGGAAUGGGAGCUACUAUGUUUGAUGUCAAAAAUAGGAUUAAAAAAUGUCUAUACAGGUUGAAAUCAGAGGCAGUGCUAACUUGAUAGAAUUUAAAGUUAAAAAAAAACAGCAGUAGAAAUCCAGCUUAGAGGUCACGUAGCCUAAUAGGAGCCUUUGUGAACAGACCUGGAAGUUCCAUCAACACUCAGGUGCUCAAAGGUUCGAGCACAUUCCCCUCUGAGCGCAUCUUUCUCCAGAAGCAUGGCCCUGGGAUCGCGAUAACUUGUGUUCCCCAGGUGGGCACCUUAUCAGACCCUCCCCAGCUCUGGCAUUCAGACCCGUCGAAAUGUGCUUAGCUCUACCAAGAGCACAUGAAACCAAGCUUAGAAGAUGUAAGAAAUGAGACUGUCUUCCACAUACGCUGUUCAGCGUUGCUGGGAGACGGCAUACACCAGGACAGAUGAGACCCAGAAUAGAAAAAAUGCAACAUUCCUGAUAUUUAAACCACGCAGUUGGGUACUACCCCACCACCAAAGUACUUUCCCUGAUGGCCAAAAUAAUUAGAGACCCGCUGUGAAGAAAUUAAUGUUCUCAAGUCCAGGAGUCUUCUAAGCUUGUGCUAGUAUGUUUAUUUCCUAGCUUUGCCCUGGCCGAGUGCAUUCCAGAGAAGACAUCAAAGUCAUUGCAGAGCAUAGGGCAGGAGUCUACUUAAGUCUCCACAGAUGGACAGGAAGCACAUCCCUUGGUCGUGUGGUGUGUCUUGUCACUCACUGGGACCCUAGUGUGACCAGCCCUUUAUUAAGAUAUUGGGGUCAUCUGGGCCACAGUGGAGUGUUCCCCACUGGCUGGGGCAGCAAAGUCUGCUGACGCAGGCAGCAGGGGGUGCCAGUGGGCCAGCCAAGGAGGUGUGCAGACUGUGUUCCCUCCUGCCCCGCAGCCCUCUCCCCUCUCCUUGGUGACAGACCCCGGCUCUUCAGGAGUCAGGCAUCGACGUGUUCAGGGACAGUGGGCCCUGCCUUGGUCCGGUCCCAUCCCCUGGGCACCAGGAUGGGCUGUGAGCAUGUAAUCCAGGUCCCCCCAGUGAGGUUGGAGGGGAGUCUGCUGGGAACUUGGGGAAAGGUUUUGCGGCAGGAACACCUGAAGUUUCAGCAGCCAUUUUGCAACCACCAGGGGGAAAAUGAAGAUGAAACCCAAGAUGCUGAGGCUGGAGGAGCAGAAUGAAGGAAAGGCUCUGGGUCUUUGCUGACACACUGAGUGGCUGAACUGACCUGGAGCCUCCAACUUAAGCUGCUUUUAAGCAGGGGCUGUGUUGUUUGCACACUCAGCAGCCUGAUGGAGACGGGGGAUUGAGGCUGCACUGGGGUGAGGGGUGCCUGGCAGUGUGCAUGGCGGGCACUGCGAGCCCACUCCCCCCGUGUGGAGGGCACUGGACGAGGUGGCACAUGCAAGCAAGCUUGGAAGAUGUGUCUGGAGUGUCCCAGGAGGGUGGAGAGCUCCCAGGAGCAGGGAACCCCACUGCCAGAGUAGCUCCAGAUUGGAGUUGAGGAAUUGUACCAGGUCAAGGGGGCUGUGCACUUGCACCCAGCCUUCAUAGCCGACAUCCCAGGAGAGCAUCCUGUCCUUGGGUACACGGGCGGGGUUGAGUACAGCAGAGCCUCAGCUGUAUUCGUGCCCCCCCCAGGGAGUUCUGAAGGGGGAGAGAUGCUUUCUCAGGAUUGGAGAGGAAUUAGGGAAAGAAAGGCAAGAAGUCACCUCAGCUUGCCCUUCCUGGCAGGUAGGGUUGCCAAGUAGAGCAGAUGUAUUAUGGGCUGCACGUUUGUGUCCCGCAAAAUUCCUGUGUUGAAAUCGUAACCCCCGCCCCCGCCCCGUUGUGGUGGUAUCAGGAGGUGGGGCCUUUGCUUUAGAUAAUGAGGGUGCAGCCCUCAUCCUUGGGAUCAGUGCCCUGGCAAAAGAGACUGCAGAGAACU